AAGUUGAGAGAAGAAAGUAAAAGCUGCAGUGAUUCGUAAUGAAAUAUACUAAACGCAAUUUUAUGAUGUCAGUUCUUGGCAUUAUAAUCUAUAUAACUGACUUAAUUGUGGACAUAUGGGUAUCUGUCAAGUUUUUCCAUGAAGGACAAUAUGUCUUUGGCAUAUUAGCCUUAAGCUUUAUGCUUUUUGGAACACUUGUGGUCCAGUGUUUUAGUUAUUCUUGGUUCAGGGCUGAUUUAAAGAAAGCAGGCCAAGAAAGUCAGCAUUGUUUUCUUCUACUUCAUUGCUUGCAAGGAGGAAUUUUUACAAGGUAUUGGUUUGCUUUGAAAAAGGGUUACAGUAUAGCUUUCAAAUAUAGCAGCAGAAGUAAUAACUUCAUGGAAGAACAAGAUGAUCAACAUAAAGAAGUUAUAGAUAGAAUGACUGAUUUGAGUAUGCUCAGGCUAUUUGAGACUUACCUGGAAGGCUGCCCACAACUUAUUCUUCAGCUCUACAUUCUUCUGGAGCAUGGUCAAGCAAAUUUCAGUCAGUAUUCAGCCAUCGUGGUCUCUUGCUGUGCUAUUUCUUGGUCAACUGUUGAUUAUCAAAUAUCUUUAAGAAAAUCCUUGCCUGAUAAAAAUCUCCUUAAAGGAUUCUGUCCCAAAGUCACAUAUCUCUUUUACAAAUUGUUUACAUUAUUAUCUUGGAUGCUGAGUGUUGUACUUCUACUAUUCCUAAAUAUUAAAAUUGCUUUAUUUCUGUUAUUAUUACUUUGGAUUUUAGGUAUAAUAUGGGCAUUUAAAAAUCAAACUCAGUUUUGUACUUCUAUAAGUAUGGAGUUCUUAUACCGGAUUGUUAUUGGAUUCCUUCUUAUCUUUACAUUUUUUAAUAUUAAGGGACAUAAUACCAGAUGUCCAAUGUCUUGUUAUUAUAUUAUAAGGGUACUAGCCACGUUGGGGAUACUAAGUGUGUUCUGGGUUUUCCCUCUGUCUAUUUUUAAUGCAGAUUAUUUUAUACCUAUCAGUAUCACUAUAGUUCUAACUCUUCUCUUAGGAAUUCUUUUUCUUAUUGUUUAUUAUGGGACUUUUCACCCAAACAGAAGUAAGGAAACAAAGUGUGAUGAAAUUGAUGGAAAAUCAGUUAAAAGAGAUUGUAGAGUGAGGCAUUUCUUAAUGGAAUAA